AUGCGGGGAGCCAGAGCCGCUGGAGGCCAGGGCCAGCGUUCCAGCAGGAUGGGCUCCCUGGGCUGUCCCCAGGUCAUCAUACUCACCUACGUGCUGGUCGCCCUGGAGCUCACCUGCCUUUUCAUGCGGUUCUCCAUCAUGCCAUACCUGACCCGGGAGCUGGGCCUGGAUUCCGUGGCCUUUGGCUACCUGCAGACAGCCUUCGGCGUGCUUCAGCUUCUCGGAGGGCCUGUGUUUGGCAGGUUCGCGGACCAGCAUGGAGCGAGGGCGGCAUUCACGCUCAGCUUCCUGGCGUCCUCUGCCUUCUACCUGCUCCUGGCGGCCGCCUGCAGCCCGGCCCUGCCCGGCGUGGCCUUGCUCUAUGCCUUGCCCUUGCCUGCCGCCCUCAUGCAUGCGCUGCCAGCCGCUCAGAUGGUCAUCGCGGACCUGUCUGCGCCCGAGGAGCGGCCGGCGGCCCUGGGCCGACUGGGCCUGUGCUUCGGGGUCGGCAUGAUCUCCGGCUCGCUGCUUGGCGGGACCCUGAGCGCCGCGUGCGGGCUUCAAUGUCCGGCCUCCGUGGCUCUCGUGGCCAACCUCGUGGCAGCUGUCCUCAGCUUCACCUGCAUCCCCAUCAGCACUAAAGGGGUUGGCGCCCAUGCUCCAGCGGCCCCGCCAGGCAGACCCGAAGCCGGCGUGUUUGACCUGAAGGCCAUCAGCCGCCUGCUGCUGUGGCCCGGUGUCCUGCCCGUGUUCCUCAUCAAGGUGGUGUCCGGCUUCCCCUCCGGACUCUUCAUGGUCAUGUUCUCCAUCAUCUCCAUGGACUUCUUCCAGCUGGACGCCGCGGAGGCCGGCUACCUCGUGUCCUUCUUUGGGGUUCUCCAGAUGGUCAUUCAGGGCCUGGUCAUAGGCCAGCUGAGCAGCUACUUCUCGGAGAGGGCCCUGCUCCGGGCCAGCGUGCUAGUCUUCGUGGUCGUGGGGCUGGCCAUGGCCCUGAUGUCCAACGUCUUCCACUUCUGCCUCCUGAUGCCUGGCCUGGUCUUCAGCCUGUGCGCCCUCAACGUGGUCACCGACAGCAUGCUGACCAAGGCUGUCCCAGCGUCAGACACGGGGACCAUGCUGGGCCUCUGCGCCUCCGUGCAGCCCCUGACUCGCACCCUGGGGCCCACCGUGGGCGGUCUCCUUUACCGCAGCUUUGGGGUCCCCAUCUUUGGCCACGUGCAGUUCGCCACCAAUGUCCUUGUCCUCCUGGUGCUCUGGAGACAGCCUCUGCCCCAGAAGACGGACAAAGUCUGGUGACCACAGUCCCCGAGCACAGACUGGCAAUAAACCUUUCAUGCAGCCU